GUCGCAGCCAAUAGGCUAGCUGCUUUCCGAGCUACACUGUUAGCGGGAAGACGGUUGUGUUGUCGUGUCUCAGCGGAAUAUUUCAGAGUUUCAGCAACAAUGUCUUCAGUUCAGCAUCUGAGAGAGUUUAUCAGCGAGCGACUAACUGCUGCAGCUGAAGAAAUAUUCACAGAGUUUGAAAAAAAAAUCGUUCAGUACGAAGAAGAGAUCGAUCGCCAGCGCAGACUGCUGGACAUCAGCCGGAAACCACAAAGAAACCUCCACACAGCAGACGUCCAGCAGCAACAUGACUGUGAAGAGGAGAAAGUUCUUGCUGACCAGCAGCUCUUUAAAGAGGACAUGAGCUCCAGUCUGGACCAGGAGGAACCAGAACCUCCACAGAUCAAAGAGGACCAGGAGGAACCAGAACCUCCACAGAUCAAAGAGGACCAGGAGGAACCAGAACCUCCACAGAUCAAAGAGGACCAGGAGGAACCAGAACCUCCACAGAUCAAAGAGGACCAGGAGGAACCAGAACCUCCACAGAUCAAAGAGGACCAGGAGGAAGUCCACAUCAGUCAGGCGGGAGAGCAGCUUGUUCUGAAGGAUGAGACUGACAUGCUGGUUCAAUGCAAGUCUGAGUCUGAAGAACUGUUCACAGAGUUUCAAAACACCAGCAUCCAGUACGAGGAGGAACCCGAUCAUCAGCCCAGAUUGUUGAAUAUCAUCAUGAAACCUCAAAUAAGGUUACACAGAAUAGACGUCCAGCACCAACAUGACUGUGAAGAGGAGGAAGUUCUUGCUGACCAGCAGCUCUUUAAACAGGACAUGAGCUCCAGUCUGGACCAGGAGGAACCAGAACCUCCACAGAUCAAAGAGGACCAGGAGGAACCAGAACCUCCACAGAUCAAAGAGGACCAGGAGGAACCAGAACCUCCACAGAUCCAAGAGGACCAGGAGGAGGUCCACAUCAGUCAGGAGGGAGAGCAGCUUGUUCUGAAGGAUGAGACUGACAUGGUGGUUCAAUGCAAGUCUGAGUCUGAAGAACUGUUCACAGAGUUUCAAAACACCAGCAUCCAGUACGAGGAGGAACCCGAUCAUCAGCCCAGAUUGUUGAAUAUCAUCAUGAAACCUCAAAUAAAGUUACACAGAAUAGACGUCCAGCAGCAACAUGACUGUCAAGGGGAGGUAGUUCUUGCUGACCAGCAGCUCUUUAAACAGGACAUGAGCUCCAGUCUGGACCAGGAGGAACCAGAACCUCCACAGAUCAAAGAGGACCAGGAGGAACCAGAACCUCCACAGAUCAAAGAGGACCAGGAGGAACCAGAACCUCUACAGAUCCAAGAGGACCAGGAGGAAGUCCACAUCAGUCAGGAGGGAGAGCAGCUUGUUCUGAAGGAUGAGACUGACAUGGUGGUUCAGUGCAAGUCUGAGUCUGAAGAAAUGUUCACAGAGUUUCAAAACACCAGCAUCCAGUACGAGGAGGAACCCGAUCAUCAGCCCAGAUUGUUGAAUAUCAUCAUGAAACCUCAAAUAAGGUUACACAAAACAGACGUCCCACACCAUCAUCUCUGUAAGGAGGAGGAAGAGGAUCUCACCAACCAGCAGCUCUGUAACCAGGAGAGGAACUGUGGUAUGGACCAGGAUGAACCAGAGCCUCCACAGAUGAAAGUGGGGCAGGAGCAGCAAUCCACCAAUCAUGAGGGAGAUCAGCUUGUUCUGAAGCAGGAGACUGAAACUUUUAUAGCGACUCCUAAUAAUGAGGACGGUGAUCACAUGGAACCAGAACCAAACAGUAACCAGCUCUUCUUUAACAACUCUCUUCUGGCAGAGCGUCAUGUUCAGGAAGCAAACAGGGAUGUUUUCUCAGCGUCUGUUAUAAAUACAGAGCAGGAGAUGGACAGCACAAACAGAAGUCACACUAACAACAAAGGAAACUCUUCCAGUUUAGGAAAUUAUGGUAAAAAUUACAAAGAUAAAAAGAUUUGUGGAAAAGCCUUAAAGGAAAAGUCACCGGUGAGGAAACAUGACUCUGGCAGCACUGGUGAAAAACCCUUUUCUUGUAAUGAGUGUGGAAAAUGUUUUAGAGACAGAAAAAGUGUUAAUGUUCACAUGAGAAUCCACACAGGUGAGAAACCAUAUUCUUGUAAAAUGUGUGAAAAAAGUUUCAGUGACAGUAGCGGUUUAAUUUCCCACAUGAGAACUCACACAGGUGAAAAGCCGUACGCUUGUAAUGUAUGUGGAAAAUGUUAUAGGCAGAGAACCAAACUGACUGUUCACAUGAGAACCCACACAGGUGAGAAGCCAUAUUCUUGUAAUGUAUGUGGGAAAGAUUUCAAGGAAAGUGGUAAGUUGACUGUUCACAUGAAAAUCCACACAGGUGACAGGCCGUAUUCCUGUGAAAUAUGUGGUAAAUUUUUCAGGUUAAGUGGUGCUUUGACUGUUCACAUGAGAACCCACACAGGCGAGAAGCCGUAUUCUUGUAAAAUAUGUGGGAAAUGUUUUAAGGAAAAUGGUACUUUGACUGUUCACAUGAGAACCCACACAGGUGAGAAGCCGUAUUCUUGUAAAAUAUGUGGGAAAUGUUUUAAGGAAAAUGGUACUUUGACUAUUCACAUGAGAACCCACACAGGUGAGAAGCCGUAUUCUUGUAAAAUAUGUGGGAAAUGUUUCGGGAAACGUUAUGCUUUGACUAGUCACAUGAGAACCCACACAGAUGAGAAGCCAUAUUCUUGUAAAACAUGUGGGAAAUGUUUCAAGGAACGUAGUACUUUGACUAUUCACAUGAGAACCCACACAGGUGAGAAGCCAUAUUCUUGCAAAAUAUGUGGGAAUUGUUUCAAGGAACGUGGUACUUUGACUAUUCACAUGAGAACCCACACAGGUGAGAAGCCAUUUUCUUGUAAAAUAUGUGGGAAAUGUUUCAGGAACAGUAGUGCUUUGAGUGUUCAUAUGAGAACCCACACAGGUGAGAAGCCGUACGCUUGUAAUGUAUGUGGAAAAUGUUAUACACAGAGAGCUAAAUUUACCGCUCACAUGAGAACCCACACAGGUGAGAAGCUUUAAUCCUGCAUGUGGUAAAGUUACGUAAACAUGAAGGGAUCAGGGACCAUGUGGGAAGGCAUAGAUGUCCCCAUGUUCUUCACUGUGCUGCCUCUAGCACUUCAGCUUUGCUUUGUAGAAAAUGGAGCGUAAAGAUGUUACGUUUAUGUUGGAGUUUAACCAAACAAUGUUCAGUACAACUGUUUCAGAUUUUCUCUUGUUUCAUAGCUGUUUAUGUGGGUUGUUUGCUGUUUUUUGUGCUGCCUUUUGUCAGGUUGUCUUUGUAAAUAAGAAUUCAGUUAAACAUAUCUAGUUUAAUGAAGGCUUAUACUGAUCUUU